CAGUAUGUACCAGAUAUAUUUUUGUUUUCCAUAACGUAACUCCCCAAAAAUAUCGAAGAUUAUAACAGCAGAAAGCGUUUAAAAAAUGAGACAAAGAGAGAGAAUUGUGCUGGGAGCAGUUGUUAUAGCAAACAUGCUAAUGGCAACUCGCCUCACUCUCACACUCUCCACCAUUCACCGCCACAACCCACUUCUAAGGCGUUACUCUUCUUCCAUUUUUCGCCCCAAACAAUUCUCAAAAUCCCGUCCCUGUCCCCUCUGGUCUUCUUCUCUCUCCUUCUGCCUCGACGCAAUUCAUAAGCCAACUUCGCCAACACCAUUCGCUCCUUCUCACUCUCAUUCUUCUUCUUCUUCUUCUUCGUUCUCAGCUGCAGCUUCUUCACGCGACGACGUCGUUGAAGGGAACCCUUUGCUUCAAGACUUUGAGUUCCCGCCGUUCGACGCCGUAGAGGCCAAGCACGUGCGACCCGCAAUCCGAACUCUCCUCAGGCAAUUGGAAGGAGAAUUGGAGGAACUAGAGCGUAACGUGGAACCUUCGUGGCCGAAGCUGGUGGAACCGUUGGAGAAGAUUGUGGAUAGUUUGGUUGUUGUUUGGGGCAUUGUCAAUCACCUCAAGUCUGUGAAGGAUACUUCUGAGCUCCGUUCUGCCAUUGAAGAUGUUCAGGCAGAGAAGGUUAAGUUUCAGCUUAAGCUCGGGCAGAGUAAGCCUAUUUAUAAUGCAUUUAAAGCCAUUCGAGAGUCACCCGAUUGGCAGACCCUGAGUGAGGCUCGCAAACGUAUUGUUGAAAGCCAAAUAAAGGAGGCGGUUCUUAACGGUGUGUCCCUUGAAGAUGAUAAAAGAGAACAAUUUAACAAAAUUGAACAGGAGCUGGAAAAGUUGUCACAAAAGUUUGAGGAGAAUGUUCUGGAUGCAACAAAGAAGUUUGAAAAGCUAAUCAAAGAUAAGAAAGACAUUGAAGGGUUACCUGCCACUGCUCUUGGGUUAGCUGCACAAAUCGCGGUGUCCAAGGGACAUGAAAAUGCCACUGCCGAUAAUGGGCCAUGGAUAAUUACAUUGGAUGCUCCAAGUUUUAUUGCUGUUAUGCAACAUGCGCGCAAUCGUUCUUUGCGUGAGGAAGUCUAUCGUGCAUAUAUAACCCGUGCAUCUACUGGAGAUUUGGACAACACUCAAAUAAUUGAGCAAAUUUUAAAGCUUAGGAUGGAAAAGGCCAAGCUUCUCAACUACAAUAACUAUGCUGAGAUUAGCAUGGCAACCAAAAUGGCAACUGUUAAUAAAGCAGAAGAACUUCUAGAAAAGCUUAGGAAAGUUUCCUGGGAUGCUGCAGUGCAAGAUAUGGAAGAUCUAAAGAAAUUCUCCAAAAAUAAGGGUGCAUUGGAAGCUGAUGAUUUGAAACAUUGGGACAUUACCUUUUGGAGUGAGAGGCUUCGGGAGUCAAAAUAUGACAUUAACGAGGAAGAACUGCGUCCUUACUUUUCUCUGCCAAAGGUUAUGGAUGGACUCUUUAACCUGGCAAAAACACUCUUUGGCAUUGAAAUUGAGCCAGCUGAUGGUCUAGCUCCGGUUUGGAACACUGAUGUCAGGUUCUUUCGCGUGAAAGAUUCUUCUGGUAAUCCGAUUGCGUAUUUCUAUUUUGAUCCUUAUAGUCGUCCUUCUGAGAAAAAGGGAGGUGCAUGGAUGGGUGAAGUUGUCGCUCGUAGUCGUGUAUUGUCACAAAAUGGUACCUCAGCAAGGUUGCCUAUUGCUCACAUGGUAUGCAAUCAAACACCUCCGGUGGGCAACAAGCCAAGUUUGAUGACAUUCCGUGAGGUUGAGACUGUCUUCCAUGAAUUUGGCCAUGCACUUCAGCAUAUGCUUACUAAGCAAGAUGAGGGUUUGGUUGCUGGUAUUAGAGGGAUUGAGUGGGAUGCUGUUGAAUUGCCUUCUCAGUUUAUGGAAAACUGGUGUUACCAUAGGGAGACACUAAUGGGCAUUGCAAAGCAUUUUGAGACUGGGGAGAGUCUUCCCGAAGAUGUAUAUUUGAAGCUUGUUGCUGCUAGGACUUUUCGUGCUGGGUCUAUGAGUCUUCGACAGAUAAAAUUUGCUAGCCUAGAUCUUGAACUUCAUACAAAAUAUGUUCCAGGUGGACCAGAAUCCAUCUAUGAUGUUGAUCGCAGAGUUUCCGAGAGAACUCAAGUGAUUCCUCCAUUACCAGAAGACAGAUUCCUUUGCAGCUUCAUGCAUAUAUUUGCAGGUGGAUAUGCUGCUGGAUACUAUAGUUACAAGUGGGCUGAGGUGUUGUCUGCAGAUGCAUUCUCAGCAUUCGAAGAUGCUGGAUUGGAAAAUAACGAGGCUGUUAAGGAAACAGGCCACAGGUUCCGUGAGACUGUUCUUGCUCUUGGAGGCGGCAAAGCACCACUUGAGGUAUUUGUGCAAUUCCGUGGAAGAGAACCAACACCAGAUGCUUUGCUUAGGCACAGUGGCCUACUAUCUGUUGCAGCUUCAUGAUAAUGGAGUUGUUCAAUACUGUGAAGUGGGACUGAAUUCUUUUUGAACAUUCAUGUAGUUACAGUUACAUUUUUUAAAAUAUUAUCCUCAGUUUACAACAUUGAAUAGAAAUAUACAUUUUUGCUUUA